AUGACAGCCCAUAAUAAUAAUGCCGGUGUUCUAUACAAUGAACAACGACAACAAAAACAACAACAGCAUCAUCAUCAUCAACAACAACAACAACAACAUAGAAAAAGAUCAUCAUCAACGAAAUCGAUCGUUGUUAUUGAUGGUGGUAAUCAUAAUCAUCAUCAAUGUAAUAAUAAUGUCGAUGAUGAUGAUGAUAUGGGUGGUAAUAAUGUUGAUGCUGGUGAUGGUAGUUAUGUUGAAAGAAAUCAAAGGCAAAAUUUAGGUAGCCGACAUCGACAAAAUAGUAGACGAACGACAGCGAAUCAUCACUUUAAUAAUUCAAGCAUUUCAUCAUCAUCAUCAUCAUCAUCAUUGAUUGGACAUUCAUCAAACCUACGUCAUAAUAAUAAUAAUAAACUAAAUUUACAAACAAAACAACAACAAACGAAUCAUAUUAAAUUAUCAACAAAUAACAAAAACAAUAAUGAGAAUGAAAAUAAAAAUAUACCUGUAACAUCCGGUCCAAUUACGACGACGACGAUGAAUUUACGAAAUCGAACAUUAAAAGUAGCAGCUAUAGCGACAGCAACAGCAACAGUGACAGCGACAACAACAAAAACGGAACAUCAGCCGUCAUCGAACAUAUCGACAUUGGCAACAUGUCCUACACAAACAACGUUACCAACAAAUAGUGAUACAAUAAUAAUUAAGAAUCUUACAACCAAAAUUAAUAAUGAUAAUCAUCAUUCAGGACAACAGCAACAACAACAACGACGACGAUCGAAUCGACGUCAAAAUAAUAAUAAACAGGCAGAUUUAUCAAUCGAUUCGAAACAAUCUGAACAACAACAACAACAGGCAAGUCUUCCGCUAUCAUCAUCAUCAUCAUCCACGACGACAUUAAAUUCAUCAAGAUCUAUACGCAGUUUUUUUCCAUUACGUACAAUUGGUGCUGUUUGUGAAUUAUUUCGUUCACAAUUAGAUCCUGGACAAUGUAAUGACAAUGAUGAUGAUGAUUCAGAUUUGAUUAGUAAUCGUCAUCAUCAUCAUCAUCAUCAUGAAUCAUCGAAUCGGAAUGAACCAGAUUUAGCGUUAUUAUCAAUUGUAUUGGGUAUAAUUGAAACAUCACUUACACGUGGUCUUUAUAUUGAUCAUACGGAAUCCUCAUCAUCGAUUAAUAAUGAACAUUCGACGACGACGACAUUAUCCGAUUCUCAUGAAUUACAUCAGCAACAGCCAUCAAUGACAAAUGAUAGUAAUGAACGAAAUUCAUCAACAACAAUGAAUGAUGAUGAUCAUCAUCAUCAUCAUCAUGGUAGCUAUUCACCAGCUGAAGCAUCUAUUGCACCAAUUGUACCUAUUGUAUCGAAUAUAAUACAUACACCAUUAGAUAUACCAAUACCAACUGUUUAUUAUGAAAAUGUUGAAAGUUUAUUAAAAAAAUUUCAACAACACAUUAAAGAAUCGAUUGAUCUCGAUAAAUGUGUAACGGAUGUGGUGAUUGAAAAGCCAAAUAAUGAUGAUAGUUGCAACGACGACAAUGGUGGCAGCAACAGUAAUCAUGAUUCAAAAACCACUCCAACUGCCACCACCAACAAUUAUAAUAAUAAUAAUUUACGUGAGCUUAUAACAAAGAUCUCCGAAUUAAUCUGGUCAAAUCUACAUCGAUCACAUUAUAAAGAUCGUGCACAUUUACAAACAAUUUAUAGCUAUGUUAGUGAAAAUAAAUUGGACUGUUAUGGUGUUGCAUAUACUGUAUUGGCUGCAUGUCAAAUAUUGGGCCUAGAUGAUGUUCGUCUUGUUAUGUCUGAAGAUCAUGCAUGGGUUACAUUUGGCCAAGGUGAAACAUGUGAAGUUACAUGGCAUGGAAAAUGUGGUAAUGAUGAUCGUUGUGGUCAAUCAAUACCAUCACAAAUGGAAUCAUUAAAUUGUUGGCUUUAUUUAAAUGGAAAUACAAUGAUAUGUGAUCGAUUUCAAACAAUAGCUACAUUGGUAUCGGCCAUGAAUUUAUCGAUAAAUGCAACACAAGAUUCCGAAGAAUUAGCAAUUCUUCAACAACAUCUUCUUUGGAUAUUAUAUGAUUAUGGUUACCUUGAACGUUAUCCAAUGGCAUUAGGUAAUCUUGGUGAUAUCGAAGAUGUUUGUUCCAUACAUUCAACAACGGCACGUAAACAUCCAUUAGAAUUAUUUAAUGAAGCUAUUGAAUCAGCAAAAAAGUAUUAUAAUGAUUAUCAUGUUUAUCCAUAUACAUAUCUUGGUGGUUAUUAUUUCCGAAAACGCCAGUUUAAACAAGCAUUUCAAGCAUGGGCCGAUGCUUCACGUGUUGUAAUGAAAUAUAAUUAUACACGUGAUGAUGAAGAAAUUUAUAAAGAAUUUCAAGAGAUAUCUAAUGAUCUCAUACCAUAUGUUGUUAAAUAUUCUACUUCUGUUGCCACUGCUGCUGCUGUUGGUAAUGAUGAUGAUAAUGGUCGAAUAGAUUCCAUUAUUGAUGAUCCAGAAUGUUUUGUACAUUUGCUAAGAUUUUAUGAUGGUCUUUGUGCAUGGGAAGAAGAUUCAACGACACCUGUAUUACAUAUUGGUUGGACAAAACCAAUUGUAUCGACUAUAUCGAAAUUUCCAUAUCGUACAAGAUCUCAAAUCAUUAUUAAAGUUGAUCCAACAUUGAAUGUUAAACAUCAAUUUAAUCAAUCAUCAAUGAUCGGUGAUGGUGAUCAUCAAGAUGAUUCGAUUGAAAAUUCAGAAAAUCAUAAUAUAAACAUCAGUGGAAGUAUUGUUGUCGUUGCUAGUGGUGGUGGUGGUGGUGGUGGUCGUGAAAGAAGGCGAAGACGUGCAGCAUCAAUUGGUCAACAACAACUACCACCGGCAACACCGCCACCACCUGUUGUAAUGAUAAAACAAGAAAUUAAUAACAGUAAUGGUGAAUUGAACCAUACGGAACAAAUGAAACAAAAAUCCAUUGAAAAAAUGGAUUGUAUUGAUAACCAAGAUGAAAAUGAUGGAAAAAUUGUUGCCAUUUUAGUUAGUAAAAAAUUUUCUGGUAUUAAAAAUCUUCUUACAGCUGAUAAAUUGAAUACAUCAGCCAUACAGCUACAACUGACUGCACAAUCACAGGUAAACAUUUUUAAUCAUGGAAAACGUUCUGGUGGCGGUGCUAGUAAUCGAUUAUUAGUCGGUUCAGGUAAAUCUAUUGGUCAAUUUUCCGAAAUGGAUUAUAUUGUAUCGACGACGACGACAACGAUGAAUUCAUCAACAACGACUGCUGUUGGUAGUGGACAAACACGCACAAAUAAUCAUCAUACAAUCAUAAAUCAACAACAAAAUUCAAGUAAUAAACGUCUCCGUCGUGAAUGAUAAUUUUUUUGUUUUGUUUUGUUUGUAUUCGAACAAAGAAGAAGAAUCGAAUCAUCAUCAUCAGUA